AUGGCAUCUAAACCUAUUUCCAUUAUUCUAUUCACCUUGCUAAUUCUUCUCUUUAAUCUUCUUUUUCAUGAAGCUUUAGCACACUCCAAACAUGAAAAAUUACCAGCAUUUGAUUUCCUUAAUAAUAUUAAAGGAUCUCAUAAAGGUGACGAGAGUCAAGCUAUCCAUUACCUCAAAAUGUAUCUUGAACAUUUUGGUUACUUAAAUUACAAAAAUAAAUCCAAUGUGGAAGAUGAUCAUUUUGAUGAUGAUCUAGAGUCUGCCCUCAAAACAUAUCAACUCAAUUACCAUUUAAACGUCACCGGAAUAUUAGAUUCCGAUACAGUUUCAAAGAUGGUUGCGCCUAGAUGCGGGGUUCCCGACAUCAUCAACGGCAACACUAGAAUGAAAUCCACCAAGGACCGGACCACUUUACAUAUAAUAUCUAAAUAUUCAUUCUUUCCAGGAAAUCUCAAAUGGCGAUCUUCUAAGUAUAAUCUAACCUACGGAUUUUACCCUAAGACUCCGACUCAAGCCGUGCAACCUGUCGCGAAAGCGUUCAAAACAUGGGCGGAUAACACCCAUUUCAGGUUUGCUAGGGUUCAGAACUAUCGAUACGCGGAUUUGAAAAUAGGGUUUUUUAAGCGGCACCAUGGGGAUGGGGCGCCUUUCGAUGGCCCUGGCGGAGUUCUUGCUCACGCUUUUGCACCGGAAGACGGAAGGUUUCACUAUGAUGGUGAUGAGUCAUGGUCAGUAGAUGUAGAAGAAGAUGCGUUUCAUAUAGAGACGGUUGCGUUGCAUGAAAUAGGGCAUCUUCUUGGACUUGGACAUAGCUCAAUUGAGGAUGCUAUUAUGUACCCUUCUUUGCCUCCUGGAACUAUCAAGGGUUUGGAUACAGAUGAUAUUCAAGGAAUUCAAGAUCUCUAUGAUGUUUGAUUGGCCAUUAAGGGUUAAAUAUUUUAGGGCUACUAAAC